AUACAGACGGAGAGAGAGAGAGAGAGAGAGUGAGAUAACGGAGGAGGAGAAUUAAAAGUGCCUAAGAAGUCAUCAUCUGCCGUUCGUUCGUUCGUUCGUUUGCCCCCAGCGUACUUACACAACUUGGAAAAAUGGUCAAGGAGAAACCCAACUCAACGAGAAUCUACGACAAGGAUGGCUUCAGGCGACGGGCUGCCUGCAUUUGUGUGCGGGCCGAAAAUGAGGCAGAGGUCCUUUUGGUCACCUCGUCGAGGCGUCCGGAACUUUGGAUCGUCCCUGGCGGGGGCGUGGAGCCCGAGGAAGAGCCCUCUGUGACUGCUGUACGCGAGGUGCUCGAGGAGGCCGGCGUUAUUGGCAGUCUGGGACGUUGUCUAGGCGUAUUCGAGAAUAACGAUCAUAUGCAUCGGACUGAAGUGUUUGUCAUGAAUGUCACCAAGGAGCUGGAGGAGUGGGAGGACUCGCGCAGCAUUGGACGCAAGCGGCAGUGGUUCACCAUCGACGAUGCCUUGUCCCGGCUGGCGUUGCACAAGCCAACCCAGCAGCACUACCUGAUGCAGCUGCAGCACUCGAAGACGCGGGACAAUACGAAUCGUGUGGUGAAUGCCACGCAUCCGCCCAAAUUGACCAAUGUGGCCUCAUCUCCAGCUGCAUCGCCAACAACGGCAUGAACACCCCAUACACAACUGUACUACACACACACACACACACGUAUCCUCAAAAACACACAACACACACACACACAAAACAACGCAUCCAAUCGCGAGAAAUGUAUUCUAACUAACUAUUCAAACCCGCGCACAUUUUGACAUUUUUGGAAGUUUACAAAUAGACAGGCAGUUUAUAGUUUAUGUUUAUUAAGCAAUAUGUAUGUUAUCCACCCACACGCACCCUUACACCUUACACCCUACUCCCAUACAGCCUCCUAUCCGCCGCGUAUCCUUGAACCUAUGUUUAAGCAAGCGUUCAUUUAUGUCUUUAGUAAUUUGUAAUGGAACUAAAUUUACUUGAUUGUACUCUCCAAAAGGGGGAGAGAGAGACAGAGUGAGUGAGUGAGUUCGCGGAUGAGUAAAGCAUCUAAAUAAUUAAAUGUAAUUCAAGAUCUAUAACUAACAAAACAAAACAAAACAAAACA